AUGACCAGCACCUUGAAUUCAGGUACGAACGUUGCGCCCGCCAAGCCGUGGGAGAAUCGACCGAUUGCUGCUGCUCAAACAGAUGGCAAUGCAUCUGUUGGUGUUACUCCUCAGUCUACAGUCUCCAUGGCUCCUUCUCGAUUACUUCCUAGUAACAAUAACAUCGCAGCUCCAUCUACUUCGACUUUUGGAGUCGCAACGGCGUCUCCGUAUGGAGCUUCAGGGUACGGGGCUACGGGUGGCUAUGGCAGUGGUUACGGAGGCAUGUCGUCGAGAAUGGGGUACAUCAAUAUGGGCAUGAUGGACCCGAAUGCUGGAAGUCUCGGUUGGCUCUCGAGUUUUAACCAAAUUGUCAGCUCCAUUGGCCAUAUUACGGAACUAUUGGGGAUGAACGCAGAGGCACUCAACUUUUGCAUUGGGAGCUUUGUCCAUUUUCUGGAGCGGAUAGGAGCCAUGUGCGCUGGCACUGCAGUGGCACCUCGUCCGGUCUUCCCGCCUGGCCACCCACGACAUGGCGAACCACCAGUGACUGAAGAGGAAAAGAAGAGUCGGAAACGCCGAGUACGCAUUUUUCAAUUCAUGGUGAGCAUGACGGCACUUGCGCUGCUGUCUAAAGGAUUGCGGUGGCUUGCGAGGCUACGGCUCAAGACGCCGCAUAAGCUACUGGUCGCGCCACCAUCCGACGGGAUUGGCCAAGAUCUGGAGCAUAUUUUCCAGCGUACAGUGGGCGUCACACGCUUGUAA